AUGUUGUUUUCGUAUGAAUCGCUACUUGUUGCACACAAGAAGGCCCUUCAGGUCCCUGGCCGCGCUCUCUCUGCCAUCAUCACCCAUCUCAAGUCCUCUCUCUCUCCCGCAGACUUCUUCUCUCUCUCCACCUUGCACUUUGCUGUUGUCGCGCCCAUUGGCAAAAGCACAGCAGGGGAGAGAGGGCAGGCGGGGGAGGGGGAAGGGGGGGAGGGAGUGGAGGAGAGGGUGCAUAUGGAAGCGCUGCUGAAGGGGCCGAACGAGGUAGCUCUGGGGAAAGCCAAUUUGGAUCAGACCACCGGUGCACCCAGCGCGGGAUUUAAGGAGGAGGAGAAAUAUCCAGAGCAUCUCCCCCCACCCCGACCUGUGACCUGUCCUUACCCGUGCACUCAGUUCACCGGUGGGCCCAGCGCGGGCUUUAAGGAGGAGGAGUGGCAGCAGCAGCUGGCGCUGUUUGCUGGCGACAGUGGGAGGAGGGAGAUGGUUCUCACGGGCAAGGAGAGCCGGCGCUACGAGCAGGACAUAAAAAGGAUUGCUGCUCAAUUCCGCCUUCACAGUCGCAUGCACAACUCGUCUGUCGUCCUCAGCAAGGACUUUCUGCCUCUCACGAGUCGCAUGUACAACAAGUCCCUCGUCCUAAGCAAGGACCCUCUGCCACACUACCGCCCAGAGCUCGACUCUCGGCGGCCGCAGCGACAGCUGAGUUUCCCGCCGGAGAUUCUUGAAGCAAUUGACAGAGUGGUGGCGGAUGUGAAGGCGAAGCGCGAGAGAGAGGAGAGCGAGAGGGAAGAGAGGGAGAGGGAAGAGAGUAAAGCUGCUUUAGCUGCUGCUGGUGGUGUUGGUGGAGAGAAGCAAGGCGUGGCAGGGCGAGGGCUGACGGGGUUGCAAGGGGCCAAGGGCGAGGAGGAGGAGGGGGGGGACGAGGAGGAUGGGGGGGAGGAAGAAGAGGGGGGCGCGGUUCGUGGUGGAGCGAGGGAGGAAGCGGAGGAGGUGGAGGAGAGGAGGAGAUGGCAGUUGUGGAGGAUCAAUGAGAGCUUGAAGCGAAGACAGCAACAAUGGCAGGCAUCACCGGAAGGGGCAUCCAUGCUGGCGUUGAGACAGAGCCUGCCCGCGUGGAAGGAGCGAGAGCGGCUGCUACAGGCCGUGCGAAGUAACCAGGUGGUUGUUUCGGCCAAAACAGGGUGUGGCAAGACAACAGGGUGUGGCAAGACAACAGGGUGUGGCAAGACAACAGGGUGUGGCAAGACAACAGGGUGUGGCAAGACAACAGGGUGUGGCAAGACAACAGGGUGUGGCAAGACAACAGGGUGUGGCAAGACAACAGGGUGUGGCAAGACAACAGGGUGUGGCAAGACAACACAGCUGCCUCAGUACCUUCUGGAAGAGGCAGUGGAGUCGGGAGAAGGAGUGCAGAGCUCUUCCAUUGGAACUGAACAACCUUUCAGUUCCCCUCCCACUGGCAUGCCAUGUCAUGCCACAGGUGGUGGUGGUGUCCAGCGAGACGGAGUGUUUCAAGUCCACGCAGCUGCCACAGUAUCUGCUGGAAGACGCAGUGGAGUCGGGGCAGGGAGCACAGAGCUCCAUGUCCCACACCCAGAGCAAUGCUUUGUUCAAUCAGUUGCCACCGUGUCCUGUCGUGCCCUGCCGCUACAGGUGGUGGUGGUGUCGGGCGAGACGGGGUGUGGCAAGACCACCCAGCUGCCGCAGUACCUGCUGGAAGAUGCUGUGGAGUCGGGGGAAGGAGCACAGAGCUCCAUCAUUUGCACCACCUUUCCAUUCCCCUCCCCUCCCGUCCCACUGCCAUCCCAUUCCAUGCCACAGGUGGUUGUAGUGUCGGGCGAGACGGGGUGUGGCAAGACCACCCAGCUGCCGCAGUACCUGCUGGAAGAUGCUGUGGAGUCGGGGGAAGGAGCACAGAGCUCCAUCAUUUGCACCACCUUUCCAUUCCCCUUCCCUCCCGUCCCACUGCCAUCCCAUUCCAUGCCACAGGUGGUUGUAGUGUCUGGCGAGACGGGGUGUGGCAAGACCACCCAGCUGCCGCAGUACCUGCUGGAAGAUGCCGUGGAGUUGGGGGAAGGGGCGCAGAGCUCCAUUAUAUGCACUCAGCCCCGGAGGAUAUCGGCGGUGGCGGUGGCAGAGAGGGUGGCUGCUGAAAGAGGGGAAAGCAUUGGACAGUCGGUGAGUGCUCUGAGUCAACCCAAGCUAGCUAAAGUCAAGGGGAAGAAAGGCAGGGCAGGGAGCGCAGUGCUCGGUCAUUUGCACACAGCCUUGGCGGAUAUCGGCAGUGGCAGUGGCAGGGAGGGUUGCUGUCGAAAGAGGGCAAUAGUGGCAGUGGCAGAGAGGGUUGCUGCUCAAAGGGGGGAGAGCAUUGGGCAUAGGUGGGGUACCAAGUACGUUUGGAGACGCAUAGGAGCAGGGCCACGCACAUGCUGUUCUGCACCACCGGUGAGGGAGAGGAGUGCUGCUGAGACGACUGCGUUUGAUGUCUCCCCCCCCCCCCCCCACUUCCACUGCCUCUCACCACAAACAAACUCCCCUUCCUUUUCACUUACCAGGUGGGGUACUGGGUCUUCUUGGAAGCGCCAAGGAGCAGGGCCGGCCACCCAUCUGCUGUUGAGGCGCCUCAAAAGGAGCAGGGCCGGCCACCCAUCUGCUGUUCUGCACCACGGGCGUGCCGCUGAGACAACCGGCAUUGGCUCCUUUACCCCCAUGCAAUGCCUCCCUCCCCACCCCUACCCCCGCAAACCAGGUGGGGUAUUAAGUCCGCUUGGAAGCGCGCCUUGGCAGGGCCACACACCUGCUGUUCUGCACCACGGGCGUGCCGCUGAGACGGCUGGCGUCCGGCCCGCCCUUGCCCACACACCCCCCCCAACACACCCACCCCUCCACUCCCCCUCACUCUGCCACAUCCGUUUUCAGCUGGGGUACCAGGUGGGGUACCAGGUGGGGUACCAAGUGCGGUUGGAAGCGCGCAGGAGCAGAGCCACCCACCUGCUGUUCUGCACCACUGGCGUGCUGCUGAGACGACUGGCGUCUGACCCGCUGCUGACAGGCGUGACUCAUAUUGUGGUGGACGAGAUUCACGAGCGGGGCAUGAAUGAAGACUUCCUCCUCAUUGUUUUGAGAGACCUGCUCCCCCGCCGGCCCGAUCUAAAGCUCGUGCUCAUGAGCGCUACGCUCAACGCGGACCUCUUCUCGCACUACUUCAGUGGCGCGCCCACCCUGCACAUCCCGUUGAAGGAAUUGUCUGCGGCCGGCAUAUCCCUCUCAGUGCCACUGACCGCCACUCUCAACGCGGACCUCUUCCCGCAGUACUUCAGCCGUGCUCCCGCACUUCACAUCCCAGUGAGUGCUGUUGGCAGUGGAAGGUGGCAGUAG